CUCUCGCCGUCCGUCGCGCUGUUGGAAGCUCCGGACUAUAAAUAGCAGCUCGUCCGCCACCGAGCGCCUCCCGCACACCGAGGUGGAAAGUGCCGCGCCGGCCGCCCCGCCGCCGGACAGGGUUUCAGAGUGGAAAACCGGAUCUUUACCCUGAAGCUGCAUCAAAGCCAGACUGGGAAUCUUGGGCUGUGGCACUGGGAGAGGUGAACUCAGAAGGUUUGCAGAAUAAAAUUCAGCAGCUCCAGACGCUGAUCAUGGAAAUCAAAGAGGAGAGAUCAUCAGAUGAAGCACGACAGUUUUUCCCUUCAUCCCAGUUAGACAGUCUAGGAGAGCCCCAGUUGACGAGUAUUCAGGGAAUUGCAAAUGAGCCAAAGCUGGAGUUCAGUCUUGCAUGCAAGGAUCUAGUGGCUGCUACCCGUGAUCGGAAGCUGAAUACGUUUAUCCAAGUCUCAGUGGUGCAUCCAGCAGAGCACAUUUUGACGCGGUAUUCAAGCACUGAAAUCGUGGAGGGUACAAAAGAUCCACUGUUUUUGACUGGUGUGACCUUCCCACCGGAAUACCCCAUCUAUGAGGAAACUAAAAUAAAACUAACAGUCUAUGAUGUCAAAGAUAAAUCUCAAGACACGGUCUGCACCAGUGUCCUAUCUGAUCACAAGGAACCAAGAGCAGAUGUUGGGCGAAGCUUCCUGGGCUGUGCAACUUUUAGAGUAGGAGAUCUGGUAAAGUCAAAGGAUCAACAGUUGACCCUUACCCUCAGAACAUCUGAUGGUGGAAGGACAGUUGGUACCAUUGAAGUCAAUCUUGUGAAGAUGGGAGAGCUAGAGGAGGGGGAAACAGACCACAUCACAGCAGAUGCCCAAGAUCAAAAGUGUGCAUUGUUUCGUGAGUGUACAGCCACUGAAGGCAUAAGCGGGAAAGACAACCUGCCUUCCUUAAAUGCAGUGUUGAGAAACCCAGUUUGUAAGUUAUAUAGAUUCCCUACUUCUGACAACAAGUGGAUGCGGAUUCAGGAACAGAUGGCUGAGACUACCCUCUCUUUCCAUGUUCCUAAAGAACUAAUAAAUCUGCACAUAAAGGAGGAUAUGAGAAGGAAUCAGGAACUUAAAGAUCUAGGAGAACUUGCUCCUCACUGGGACAACAUGCGCAAAAGUGUAAUUGCUCAUUGUGAUCAGAUGUUGAGCAUGUACCAGGACACCCUUGCAGAGCUUAUGAAGCAUACAGGUUCUUCCUUUAAGUCAAGCUGUAGCAAAGGAGAAAAAACACUAGAAUUCAUCCCAAUAAAUCUUCAUCUGCAAAGAAUGCAUGUGCAUAGUCCUCGAUUGAAAGAUGCUCUGUAUGAUGUUAUCACUGUGGGAGCCCCAGCUGCACAUUUCCAAGGAUUUAAGAAUGGUGGUCUCCGGAAACUGCUGAGUAAAUUUGAGGCAGAAAGACGAAAUACUGGAUACCAGUGUAUUUACUAUUCACCUGAAAACACAGCCAAGGCAAAAGAAGUUCUCAGCAACAUCAGUCAUCUGCAACCUCUCAUAUCAAGCCAUGCAGACCUGCUGCUUAGUUCUGCAAGCCAACGUUCUCCAGACAGCUUGAAGAAUUCUUUAAAGAUGCUUUCAGAAAAAACGGAGUUAUUUGUGCACACAUUCAAGGACCAGCUGGUCAGAAGUGCCCUUUUAGCACUGUACACAGCCCGGCCUGGCUGUGUCCUCAAGAACUCAGCUGUGCCUAGAAAGAGUGUAGAAGAAGGGGCUGAUGCACAGCACCAGGAUCAUCCUUCUCAUAUUAAAAGACAGGACUCUAUACCCCAUCAUUCUGAGUAUGAUGAGGAAGAGUGGGACAGGGUGUGGGCCAAUGUGGCAAAGAGUUUGAACUGCCUUAUUGCCCUGGUGGACAGACUGCUUGAAAAAGACAACAUGAGCAGCAUUAAAGAGGGUGAAAAUGAGCCUUCAGCAGCAGAUUGCAAGGUGUUGCAUACAGGAGGUGACUGGUAUGAACAGCUCUAUCCACUGGUGAUUACACUGAAGGACUGCAUGGGAGAAGUGGUGACCAGGGCCAAGCAAUCCAUGGCGUUUGUCCUGCUCCAGGAACUUGCCUGUGAUUUGCCCCAGUGUUUGAUGCUGACCCUAAGAAGAGACAUCGUCUUUAGCCAAGCACUUGCUGGAUUGGUCUGUGGUUUCGUAAUCAAAUUGCACACAGGUUUACAUGAUCAAGGAUUUUUACAACAGCUUCAUACUGUUGGAUUGCUCGUGCAAUAUGAAGGACUUCUUAGUACAUAUAGUGAAGAAGCAGGGAUGCUAGAAGACAUGGCUGUGGGCAUUUCAGAUUUGCAGAAAGUAAUGUUUAAAAUAAUUGAAGCCAAAUCAGAAGAUUUCUUGCCUAUUAUAACUGGAAGGCGUGAGCAGUACAUUAUAGAGGUCCAGCUUCCAGCAAAGAUGUUUGAGCUGCUGCCACAAGAGAUUAAAGAAGGAAAGCUGCUUCGCAUGUAUCCAGUGCUCUUUAAUGUUGGAAUCAAUGAACAGCAAACACUGGCAGAGAGGUUUGGAGAUACCACUUUGCAGGAAAACAUUAACCAGGAAAACUUAGAACUUCUCAAAGAAUAUUACAAGUUAUUUAUGGAAAAAAUGCCUCCUGAUUGUUUACCACAUUUUCAAGAACAAAAUGAUUUAAAGGAAUUGCUAGAAAGUCUUCAUCAAAAUAUCCAGGCUAAAAAGAGAAAGAAUGUAGAAAUCAUGUGGCUGGCUGCAACGAUUUGCCGGAAGCUGAACGGAGUGCGCUUCACCUGCUGCAAAAGUGCCAAAGACAGGACAUCCAUGUCGGUGACACUGGAGCAGUGCUCCAUCCUGAGGGACGAGCACCAACUGCACAAAGACUUCUUCAUUCGGGCGCUGGAUUGCAUGAGGAGAGAAGGAUGCCGCAUAGAGAAUGUUCUGAAGAAUGUCAAAUGCAGAAAGUAUGCAUUCAACAUGAUACAGCUGAUGGCUUUCCCAAAGUACUACAGACCUCCAGAGGGGACAUAUGGAAAAGCUGACACCUAAGUUUAACAAAAGUGUAAUCAGGACCAUAUAUCAUGCUAAUUAGUGAAUAUAACAACCGCUGUUUAUGAUAUAUGAAUUGGGAAUGUAUAACCAGUGGAGGUGUUAUUUUUAUCAGGUUUUAUUAUUUUAUAUAUAAAAUAUCCAGUCCAAAGCAAUGGACUGGAUAUUUUGAAAAUCAAAUAUAUUCAACUUAUCUUUGUGAAAUUGAAGCUUAAUAUGACUCAUAAGCCAGCUGCAAUUAGUUCCUGGGGUCGUUUGAUUGAAGAUUAAAAAUGGAAAUGGCAGUUGCUGUAGGAACAGAGAUUAGGAAUCUGGAAGGUGACAUUCUAACUCCAAACCAAACCCUGAGAUUUGAUUUAAGGGGUAUCUUGCUGCUGGAAAAGGUGUUUUCUGUAACCAGCAGAGCACUGAGGUCUUGAUCACUAAUGAUUAAACCCUUCACAGAAAUGUUUAUGAAAUUGGUAAUUACAAUUAGCUUCUUUACAUAAGCAUGGUAACUUGAUAAUAUGUUUUUAGUAAUCGCAGGCUGUAAUUUCAGUAAUUCCAUUCUGAUUCCCUGUGGUUCAUUUGGUUAUAUCACUCUUGGUUUUCUGUACCCCAGCCAAAUACGACUUAUUUCACUUUCAAAUAAAUCACACUGAAAUCUGGUAGAUUAAUUCCACAAGUAAGGUGACCUGAAUUUGACCUCCUAUUUAGUGUAAAUCCUUAAAAGUAAAUUUUCUUUAGUGGUAGGGAAAAUAAGUUGUAUAUACAGGACUUAAUGUAUCUUUAGACUGUGAAAACAUGUAUGUUAUUACAAAGCCUAAAAUAAAUGUUAUGAGUAAACUGCUGUACUAGGACUAUUUAGCCACUGCAGCUGAUUUAUAUCAAAUUUGUAAUGCUGCAGGUAGACACUCUAGGAUGAAGAGCUAUCAGCUUUAAAAAUAAAUGUUAAUGUUCUGCCAGCUUAUGUUAGUCCUGAAAUUUGUCUUGCAAAGAACAUUUGUGUUUUCUAAUUGUAUCUAUUUACUACCUUCUUCUGCCUCCCAGAGAGACAUACAAUUUAAAAUUCCCAAGUAUUCACUAGUUACUGACCUUUAUGUAAUGCCUUCUUUUCAUAUCUAGAACAGAAGUAUGAGAAAUUUAUCCUAAUGAAACUACCCGGGGAAUUUGAGCGUCUGUAGGAAAUUGUAAUUGCCAUGGAUAAAGAAGUAAAUGUUUGCUUACUGCUAUGCAAGUUAAAGAAAUCUCUAUACAUCAUGAGUUUUAAUUUGUUCUUUUUAAUCCAUUAAUACCCAUUAUACUCAUCCAUUACUGGGCAUAAAUCUGUAACUAUAACAGAAUUUAAGAGCCUGAUUCUGCAAAUUCUAUUUGGGUGAUCCAUGGAACUGGUCUAUCAUUUGGCUAAAAUUAAAUCCAUUUUGUAUAUUUGCGAGAUCAGGCUAUGGAGUUUGUAGGAAAGCAUCAGAAAGAGAUCCUUGUUCUAAUACUUACUGACUUCAGUGGAGCCAUAAAUUCACCUAUACAAUAUAUUAACUUUUGGAAAUUUGGAACUUCUUUUUCCAAGAAUUUGAACGGUUUUUUUCCAAGAAAAGUAGAUACUGUAAGUAGUAUUUUGGUGCAUUAGUUUUUUUAUUUAUAUGACAUAAUGUGCUAUCAUUAAUUGCUUCCUUUUUCUUGGAAUGUAUUACUUCAGUAUAUGUCAGAAGGGAUGACAAUGCAUCACAGAUAAGCUCAGACUGAUGAGAACAUAAUGCCUUGAUUUCUUCUUGUCAUGUACCAGUAGAAAUGGGCAGUAUUUGGUGGCUAGAUAUGUGCAUAAAUUAGUGUUUCUGUCUAUGAAUAUAAUGUAGCUGAUCUGUGUGAAACUUUUUUGUGGAUUUAUGGAGCAUAAUCCUUCCUAGAAAAGUAAUGUUUUCUUCUGUCACGCUGCCUCACUAGCCCUCACCAUAUACAUGUCUAUUAUUAGUUUUAAAAGCCCUAUAUGUACGGUUUAGAAAUAGUGAUGUAUUCCUCAUUGAUCUCUGAAAUAACCCCCAGGUAUGCAGUAGAGAAUGCCAACCAUUGUCAGUAGAAAGUAAUUCUGAAACUAUCAGUAAAAAUCUCAAUGGGGAUGGUGUUCUCUGCUGGGUGCUAUAGGUACCUAGACUUCUUUAUCUGAGUCCCAUUGGCAUUCUGUCAAGUUAAAAAUAUGAAAUUAUCUAGAUUUUCUUGUCAGGAGAAUAGUCUUUAAAGAUUUUGCCUCAGCAUUUUAAUCCUGCCUGGGCUCUAAAUUGCUGUUGUCACUACCAUGUUAUUUUUGUAUUGAAGUUGUUUUUCACAUUGAAGCCGUGGAUUUGAUGAGGAUAAAGAAAAAAUGGCACUGGAUUACUGUCCUUUUUGUUUUAACACCCAUUCACAGUAUAUUCUUGUGAAAUUAAAUAAUCUAUAAUUUGCUAAAGAUAAUUAAGACAAAACUGCAAGCACAUCAGUUGGCUGCAGUGAAACUUCAUUGGGCUUGGGCCAUUACAGAAGAAUUGGCUGAGUUUUGUACUAAAUAGUACUGAAAUUUUUCUCACUAAUAUUUGGGUUGGAACAUUUGUUGUAGGUCAGGAGAGCUUUGUAAAACCUGCUGAAGUGCUCCAAGUCUCCUGGAAAAGCCUCAUUGCUUCAGUAGCAAAGCAGGCCCAAAUGUUUUGUUGUUUGGUCACUGCCUGCUGGGGCUACUGUGGUCCCUGUAGGCAAAGGCUGUGCCAUCAACUGAUCAUGGAUUCAAAAUUCAUGGGUUUUCUGGUUUGCCUUUUAUGAAGAAACAAAGAGGGGUUUGCUACAGGUUGGUGGUUGUGUUACUUGGAGUACAUUUACUCUUUGUAGCAGCUGCUUCCAGCCCUGUGGGUUGUUUGAAUGCCUAAAAGAGGAGUUAAAUCAUCCCUGGGGUCUUGCAUAUUAUCUUUUAGCUCACUAUGGAUUUCAGAUGAGUAAAACUACACAACUUAAUUUUUAUAAGCAGACUACAUUGUUUGUUUUGCAGAGGGAUAAAAUAAGCAUAGUGAUUUUCAUGGUGGCUUCGCAAAAACUGUUCCAUAACUGCUCUCUUAAAACUUCUGUAAGGUAUACAAUAAUCUGCUUUUAGAGGAGGGCAGUUCUCAAGGGCUAGAAGAUGAAAAUUCAAAAAUACAUCUGGCAUCCAAAGCCAAACCUUGUCUUACAGAUGAUAUUAUUUGUAGAAAUCAAAUCAGAAUCUGUCUUCAAUAAUUCUGAAAUAAGGGCUUCUAGCUUUCAAUAUUUGUACAAUGCAACUCACACUUACAUGGGGGUUUUGUACCACAGAGUAGUGACUAAAUAGAGAGCUAGUCUAAAUUACCUAAAAACAUAAGGAAAGGAAUGUUAAAGUAAUUUUUCCCAGAAAUUAUUGUAAUAUUGUUAUAAUACAUAACAUGUCUAUGACUGACAUUAAGCAGGCAGGUCUUUUUUUCUGAAGUCUUUUGAGGAAUUUAAAAUAUAUUCUGAUUAAUGUUUAUACUUCAGCUUUUAUGGAGCAAUUAAGAAGCAAAAAUUUUUAAUUAUGUUAUCUGAUUAUGUAUUUUGAUGGAAUCCAACAAUGUCUGUGUUAAAAAGAAAAAAUAAUUUAGGAGGACAACUAAAACAAAAUAUUAACUGAGAAGUAGCCUUAAUGAAGACCUUUGCAAUGUUAAUUUUUUGCUGUCUGAAUUUUGCAUAAGUGAAAUGAGGAAGAUAACAAAAAAAAUUUUUUUUUGUCUAAAUCAAUCUCUCCUGAUGAAAAUUCAUUUAGUUGCAGUGGAAUAACUUGUAAUGGUAUUCUAAAUCUUCACUAGUAAUUUUGGUAUAAAGAAGUGCAACACUUCAUUCUGAAGCCUACUCUAUAACAUGCCUAUUAAAAGUCUCAGGGAAAAACUUAUUUUUAUUUCUAGAUUAAACACAAGGUCCAAGAAAUCCUUUGGUCCAUUUUAAAAAAAGCAGAAAAUGCACUGAAUGUCAACCAGUGUAAUAAAGAAAGAAAUUGCAUUGAAAACUAUCCAGCAAAAUUACUUGGAUGAAUUAAUGUAUGUAAUCACUUAAAAGUCUUAUACUUACAUUGUGUCAGUUGGUUAUGUUGUAAACUUGGAACCAUUGAUAUCUCUAUGCUCUUUUUUAUUGUAAAGAAGUGUACCGUAUAGGCAGUUCCAUGAGACAUGACUACAUCUUGCUUUUCACUUCCUUGCAGCUUAAAAGCAGAUGUUUACAAUGGAAAUGCUUUAAAGUAAUUUGCUGCUCUUGAAAACACAAACUUACCUUGUAUAUUUUACAUUUACAAAAAAAAAAAAAUCAAACAAAUGCUUUGUUAGAGAGAAAAAAAAUCACAGACUUCAAUCCUUAAAACAUUGUUUUUUUCCCUUAGCCAUACAACACCUCAGCUGUUGUGUUGCCAGGCAUUCAGCUUGCACUCUGUAAGAUUCUAACAUUUAUUUUCUCUUUCUUUCAUAGCAUCUGCUGAAUAAGUUAUAUACCAGCCAUGACUAUCAGCAUGAUACUCAUGAUUCAAGGUUAAAAACUUACAUUUGCUCAGAUAUGUGCAAAUACUUCAAGUUAAAUAAACUAUAAGACACUUGUGAACCAGUGUCUCCUUAUUCCAAAGAGCUGAAACAUAAGACACAGGAUUUGUGUGCUGACUGGGAAAAAGAGUUACAGUAGGAGUCUGACUAUGAUAAAAGAUUGUCAUGGACAUGCCAGGUUCAGAGUAGUGAGAUUUGAACCAUGCUGCUCUCACUUAGGGUUCUAACUAUUGGCAGUGGUGUUUGGUUAUUCUUCCCAUACAUGCAAAAGGCUUUAAAAGUUUUCAGCACUUUUGCUUAUGAAUGGUCUGACUUUAAGACUUCUAAAAUCCCAAAUUACUUUGGUACUUGUUUUACUUUUGUGUAGCUGUUCCUUGUGAUGCUCCUGUCUCCCAUUCUGGAGCACACAGAGCUGUGUAUAAGUAAUGUUAACAGGACUUCAGUCCGCAGAAUGUGUUUGUCCAGAGAAACAAAGCACAACUGUAGGAAUUCAAUGCUUUUUAUAUUUCAGGGUUUAUCACUUUUGUUUCAUUGCUGUCUGUAAGCCAUGUCCAUUGUACACUAUGUGUAUAUUUUUAUUUAAAUAAAUUUAAUGUUUAUUUUUUA